AUGGCUUUCCUGUUCAAGACCGUCGCCUGUCUGGCGUUGCUGUCACUGGCGGCCGCAGAGUACGGCGGCGAGGAGGAGCACCACCAGCAGCACGAUGUCGGUUACUCGUACGCCAAGUUCAGUGGCCCGGUCAGUGGGCCGGCGCACGAGGUCCACGUCGAGGACAAGCACGGACACGGGCACGCGAUUGACUACGUCGCCAAGCCGGACUAUCUCUUCGAGUACGGUGUCGAGGACCCGAAGAGCAAGGUGUCGCAGAGCCGCAAGGAGCACCGCCACGAGGACGAGCUGCACGGCGAGUACAGCCUGCACCAGCCGGACGGAAAGCUGCGCACGGUCAAGUACAGCUCGAACAAGCACGACGGGUUCCAGGCUGAAGUGUUGAUCGAUGGAAAACCCCUGCACGAGGAGGAGCUCGCCAAGCUGGCGCACGAAGCGUCCCAGAACGCCGGAGCUCAGCACCACCACCAGCACCAGUUCCAUCACCAGCACCUCCACCACCAGCAGGACGAGCACAAGGCGUACGGUGGCGCCGAGCAGCAGACCUACGGCGGUGAAUCGUCCUACGGUGGGGCCGAGGGCGGUGCAUCCUACGGUGGUGAAGAGGGCGAGCAUGAGCAGUACUACCACCAUUAG